UCUGUUUAGCGCUAUCACUACUAUGUUCCCCAAGGGACGCAUUUUGCGGGGCAAAUGUUCUGUGUGUGGUGGCAAGCCCAUGGAGAAGCCGUCAUCUUCAGACAGAGCAGCGCUGGAGGAGAGAAAAGGCCUGGUUGAGGAUGGUGGGGCGCUGAGAGGUGCUGAGGGUGGAGAGGUGGAUCCUCAGCCGCUGAGGAAGAGCAGCUCCUCUCGCUCCUCCCGCAAGAGCUUCCGUUUAGACUACCGGCUGGAGGAGGAUGUGACGAAGUCCUGUCAGGACAAACAUGGCCGCUGGACCAACCCCUGGCCCACAUGGCGGUUUCCUUCCUACACCACCAUGCUCAGGUUCAUUUUGUUGGAUAAAAAUCACAGCAAUGUACCUACUAGUAAAGAGGCUCUGGAUAGGGAACUCCCAGUGAUGGAACCGUACUUCGUCCAGAACCCAGACCUCUCUGACUCUGGUCCAGGUCUGAGAGUCACCUGGCUGGGUCACGCCACGGUUCUGGUAGAAAUGGACGGGCUGAAUAUUCUGACGGACCCAAUUUUCAGCCAGAGGGCCUCACCAUUCCAGUUCAUGGGGCCCAAAAGGUACCGAGGCCCCCCCUGCACUGUGGAACAGCUUCCCAGGAUCGAUGCUGUCGUCAUCAGUCAUUCUCAUUAUGACCAUCUGGAUUCGGGAUCUGUGGCCAGCCUUAAUGCACGCUUUGGAGGGGAGCUACGCUGGUUCGUGCCCCUGGGUUUGAUGGACUGGCUGGCGAAAAUGGGCUGUGAGAACGUGAUGGAGCUGGACUGGUGGGAGGAGAACUGUGUCCCGGGUCAUGAUGACAUCACAUUUGUCUGCACACCCUCUCAGCACUGGAGCAAACGCACUGCGCUGGACGAUAACAGGUCUUUAUGGGGAAGCUGGUCUGUUUUGGGUCCGGACCAUCGAUUUUUCUUCGCUGGUGACACUGGCUACUGCACUUCCUUCCAGGAAAUUGGACGACGCUUUGGACCGUUUGACCUCGCAGCAAUCCCCAUUGGAGCUUACCUGCCCAGGGAUGUGAUGCGGGGGCAGCAUGUAGAUCCAGAAGAGGCUGUCCAGAUUCACCAAGACCUUCAGGCCAAACACUCUGUGGCCAUUCACUGGGGAACCUUUGCUCUCGCCUAUGAGUACUACUUGGACCCGCCGGUUCGUCUCAGAGAGGCCCUGGAACAGAACGGGCUGAAGCCAGAAUCCUUCUUCACUUUGCAUCACGGGGAGUCUCGCCUUAUAGUGUCACAGAAAGGAGACUUCUUCUGAUCCUCUCUGGAGCGUUUUGUUGUGUCUGUAAUAAAGUGCAGCACAUUUUGUUAAUCAUAUAUAAAUGGACUUCAGUGAUUUAAUUUGAAAUGCAUAUACGUAUGCAGCUUAUCCCAACUGAAAACAGGAAAUUCAGAUGUUCAUCAACUCUGUUUACAUACUGAAUGUUUGGCCUGCCAUCAUCAUGGUGGGCAGUACUGCCUACACGAGCUGUGAAGGCUCCAAGAAAAAAAAAAACAAGAAAUCUGAUUCAUUAGAUUUACUCAAAUAUGUGUGUGUAAUUCUUUCAGGCAAAGAUCAGCUAUUCAUAAGAUUUAAACUCAGAUGCUAAAUGUUGACAUCAGCACAUACUGCUGUACAGCCAGUGUUGUUACAGUGUGGUUAGUAUGCAUUUCAAGUAACGAAUAAUUCCAAUUAAUAUGGUUUUUAUCUGUGUAAUGCUGAGGGAUAAAAAAACCAAAACUGGUGAUGGUCCCAUGUUACUUUAAUACCAGUACUCUUGAAUGGAGAGAAUGGAGAUCAAGUUUGUAGGAAACAAUGUGGGGUUGAACCACAAACCUUCAGUAUGAGGCUGGACUGGAGACUACACAGUGUGAUGUAGCUUUCUGCUGUGAGCUGCAAUAUAGAAGAGAAAACUAAUUAGAACGUUAUUUAGAGUAGUGAUUUUUGAUGAUUGGUGCUAGGUAAUGCCACAUUACAAAGGCUUUUUUUCUGAAUGUGCUCUGGCCAUCCCAAAACAACAUAAGAUGCAGAAGUGUCUUUUUGUACUUUGUAUCUAUACCGUUGUAUGCUAAUAGAAACUGCAGAAGUUGAGCUGGGUUCAGCUUCAUGCACUGCAAAUAUUGUGCACUGUUCCUGCUUCAGACAUUUCCCUCCCCCCCGCUUAUCAGCGUUAUCAGUCACAUUUUCACUUGUUGAACAGAUGUAUUUGCCUUAGAGAGAAAAAGUAGAAUAAUCUUACUGAUCAACUGUUCAAGUGAUUUUAUUUUUCAAUGCUGUAUCUUUAAAGCCAGAAUGUACGAACAGUUGACGAGCACAAUGUUGAGUUAAUUUAGUAGCCUGGUUAUAACUACAAGGCCAGCCAAACAGUGCUAACUGGUUUACAUUUGACCAUGUUACUGAAUUAACUAUUAAAUAUACAUUGCAUUUGAAA